AUGCCGGCCAAAGUGGACACCUCGGAGCUCCCGUCCCGCCCCACAGGCGCCGCCUCCCGUCUCGCCGCCGCCCACGCAGCCGAGCACCCCCUCAAGCUGUACGGCGGGUGGUUCUGCCCCUUCGUGCAGCGCUCGUGGAUCGUGCUGCACGAGAAGCGGAUCCCGCACCAGUACGUCGAGAUCAACCCGUACAACAAGGCGCCCGAGUUCCUGGCGCUGAACCCGCGGGGCCUGGUGCCCACGCUCGGGGUCCAGAGCGCGACAGGCGGGAAGCGCAGGCCGCUGUACGAGAGCGUGGUGCUCUGCGAGUACCUCGACGAGGCGUACGCCGACGAGACGGAAAACGGCCCCCCGCUGCUGCCACGCGACCCGUACGAGCGCGCGCGCUGCCGCAUCUGGAUCGACCACGUUGGCUCCAAGGUCGUCCCGGGCUUCUACCGCUUCAUCCAGCACACGCCUGACAAGGCCUACACGAUUGACGAGGCGCGCGAGAAUUUCCUAGCACACGUCCGGACGCUCGUGCGCGAGAUGCUGGAGAACGAUGAGGAAGAAACCGGGCCGUGGUUCCUCGGCGAUGCGUUCUCCCUCGUCGACGUGAUGCUCGCGCCGUGGGCGAAGCGCCUCUUCCUCAUCGACCACUACAAGCCCGGCGGCGUGGGCAUCCCGGGCGAGGGCCAAGCGCCCGGCGGCGAGGAGGAGGAGAAGGUGUGGGCGCGCUGGAGGAAGUGGCUGGAGGCGAUCACGUCGCGCCCGAGUGUAAGGGAUACCUGGAGCGACGACGAGCAGUACGUUGCGGCGUAUAAGCGGUACGCGGAGGAUACGACGCAGUCUGAGGUCGCGCAGGCGACGAGGAAGGGCGAGAGGCUGCCGUAG